CCUCCUAGGAGACCUCAGCAUUCAGCGCGCUGGGGACGCUUUGUUUCCUAAGUUAGGAGAGGGAUCCUGGCAGGAAGUCAACGCCCAGGAUCAGAUGCUGGGGUUGAGGAUCCGUGGCUCCGAGCGGCGCGGGGGAAAGGCGGCGGUAAUCGAAGCUCUGGGCGCAUUUUCCUAGAAGCCUCCAGGGCUCCGCCACCUGUCUGGAGUCUGCCCGAAACUCAGGCAUCUCCUCUCCUGAGUUUCCUCCUCAUAGGCUUGUCCCUGGGAGUGUGGGCGGCCGCAUUGCUGAGCACCGAAACUCUCCCCCCCCUCCCCCCGCUAGCCUUCCUCCUCCUGCACACCAGCCUUUCUUUUCUGCCUCAGUCACUUCCUUCCUCAGCUUCUUCCUCCCCAGUUCGUUGAAGAAGAUAACCAGCCCGCACCGACGCAGCCCCAGUUUUCUCGGAAAAGAAAAGGAGGCGCAGAGGCAGCAAUGAAUGUGGAUCACGAAGUUAACCUCUUAGUGGAGGAAAUUCAUCGUCUGGGUUCAAAAAAUGCUGAUGGAAAAUUAAGUGUGAAAUUUGGGGUCCUCUUCCGAGAUGACAAAUGUGCCAAUCUGUUUGAAGCACUGGUAGGAACUCUCAAAGCUGCAAAAAGAAGGAAGAUGAUUACGUACCCAGGAGAGCUACUUUUGCAAGGUGUUCAUGAUGAUGUUGACAUUAUAUUGCUGCAAGAUUAAUGUGGCUUGCAUAGCUUUGUUUAUUGUGGGUUUUUUUUUGUUUCUGGUAAACUGGAAUAUUACAUCAAAGGACAAACAUGUUAGCAUACUUAAUGUAUUUUUAUAGAACUUUAUAAACAAAAGGAGACAUUUUAGAAGCCUGUCCUUUUUUAUAUCUUGAAAGCAAAUUUAUGUAUUACACUGUAAAAUAAACAAAACCUAUUAUUUUUCUCAGGAAUCUGGCUGGAAAAUGUAGGCAAUGAGGCUUUUUUGGUGGGGAUGCAAGAGUGUUUGUUUCAUAAAUCAUUCUUAGAUAAUUUCCACAGAUAUUUGACAUUCUAUGAAAUCAAGAAGCAAACUUGAAGACCAGCUCCCACAAUGAAUGCAAUGUUUAUGUAAUAAAAACAUGUAACUCUCUUAAAA